AUGGGCAGUUCAAGGACAAAGCUGAAGGACUCCUCUUUCUUUCUCAUUAUCUCAUUGCCAGUGUACAUGGAUGCACACAAUAAAGCUGACCAUGAUGCCCCCUCUAAACAGGAUUCUGUUGUCUGGACGACGUUUGGUGAAUGGGUUCUCUCCAUAUGUGCUGCGUUUUACCUGAUUUCGUUGUUUGCAUGCCUCGCAAUGCACAUUCUCUGGGAACGUCCCACUCAGUUUAGCAUCCUGGACAAUCAGGACUCGAACAAGAUUGGAAAUGCACAUGUCACUGGUAUGCAGACAGCAUUGAAGAUUACAAACCACCAAAACCGUAUGAAGGCGGAGACGAGGACCCGUAUGGCGAAAGACGACGAACCCGAACAUUUGGGAGAUCGUAGUGCAUGGUUCGUCUACACUUUGUGGCUCAUGAUGUGA